AUGAACUGCGGUCUCGUCUUUGAGUCGUCAACGCAUUCUCCACUACCAUCGGCCCCUGUGCUCAAGCAGGAGCUCAUCACCGAGCACUACGCCAUCACCGCCAAGCGGUCAUCUCAAAAGGACAAAAUGAAGCGUCCUGCCAACAUCAAUACCUCCAUUGCCCUUGGACCCAUUCCCCCUCAGCCCACCUUUGUCCCCACCAUGCAGCCUGGCCAACAACUACAACAGUUUCAGCCAGUCUACAUGAACGACCCCAGUGGUACCUUUUACCAGCCACCGCCAACACAGUUUGCUCCCUAUCCUCCCUCUCAGAUGGCCCCUGGACCUUCUCGAAGACCCAGCCACGCAGAAAUCUCCGCCGGACCGUCGAGUGGUCCACCUCCCGACUCUGCAUCGACAAGCGGACAUGCAGCCCAGCGCUCACUCGACUCCACCGGCUCGCACAAGCGCAAGCGCAGCAACUCGUCGUCGCAGGCCGAGGAGCUGCGCACACCACGGAACAACAUGCAGCAGCCUCUGCCGUCAACCAUUCAAGGGCUGGUGACGGGCAAGUCCCAUUUACCGACCCCUCCGUCCACCGGCGACCAUGUGUCGACGCCUGCACAAAUGUCUCACCACUCUCCCGUGGAUCAGUCAGCGCAGCAUCCGUUUUCCGAGAAGAAGCGUUCGGGCGUCUAUGUCACUGCGACUGAGUCGGAGGGGAGGAAAUUGGGACUGGUGCGGACAUCAACAGGGAUGGAGAGCGUCGAGGCCAACCGUGAGCAUGGCCCUCCGCGUACCAAGCAGGCCACUGUCUUGAGCGUCAAUUCAUCGGGUGUUGCUACGGUGGGCAGUGGGGACGUCCUCCACUCUGACGCCUCGUACAUGGGUCAGGUCCCCAAGACUCCUCCAGCGCCUAGUCGUGAGCUCGCCGAGGAUGACACCCCUCGCACAAAAGUCGACAAGAUCAAGCGCCGUCUUUCGUUAUUCAAGACGACCUCUCGCAACGCAGAGCCCAUGUACUCUACACGCCUCGAUAUGGGUCACGGCGGUCCCGUCCGGGUCGCACUCCGCAAGGACAUUGCGAUUGCCUUCAUGGGCCUGGACAAGGUGGCGACUGGUGGCGCAACCGAGGAGCAGAACGCAGACUCUGCCCACCAGCCAGUUCGCCCAGACUGGCCCGAUGACGAGGCACCAUGGAACCAGACCAGCGGAAGACGUACCAAGAAGCAGCGUCAGGACCGCGAGCGCCUGGCCAUGCUGCAGCGUUACCUCGAGACUUCGAGCGACGACGACGACGAUCACGAUGGCGCGGUCAGAUUGCAGAUCCCAACCAAGAGACACCAGUCGCGACCGUCAGCCGAGCAGUUGCCGCCAUCACAGGACCCCACUGAUGCCCGUGCUGCCCUCUGGUACGCAAUGCACAAGGCCCGCCGGCCGCAGCAGUUAGCCGGGCCGCAGAUGGUGCCCACAGGCAUCGUGAGCUGCGUGUGCAAGAACACGGCGCCGUCGAACCAGAUGGUCUCGUGCAGCAACUGCAAGAGCUGGCAUCAUGUCGCUUGCGUGGGCCGCGACGAGGCUCUCGACAGCAACUGGGCCUGUGAACGUUGCAUGGCCCAGGCUCGGCGCGCCACAUUGUCGACGCCCUCUCAGCGCACGCCGUCCCAGUUCAGCACAGUCGACCGGUCCAUGUCGGCAUUCCGCGGCAACCAGGCUCUGGCGCUCGCGCCAUCGCCAAUGUUUGCACCGGAAGCGGCUCGUGCGGCGGCCCAUUCCGGAAUGGCCACCCGCACACCACGGACACCCAGCCGGAGACACGAACGGGCACGAGUGCUAUCGUAUGGUAACGAAUGGGGUGUCACUGGUGAGAACCCGUCGACACCCAUGCCGCAGGGUGGCUUUGGCACAUUUUCGACCCCCCGUCCCGACGACCCUGUGUUUGAUGUCAACUCGACGCCGUCGCGUCACCUCGACACGGACCCUCGCAUCGCUGGCCAGUUUUCCGGUAGCCUCUUUGCAAUCACCCCAUUAGUUGGCCGCUCUCGCAACGCCAACAUGCUCGUGGGGGACACGCCGAUGGGCCAUGCCAGAAAUGUGUCUGGGGUGCCUCCCGCUUUUUCGGAAGGCAUGACGAGCAGACACGAAUUCUUGCAGGGCCUGACGGCCGACCGGCGCCAGCUGCCGGAGACGCCUGGCGCUGGCAUGAGAAGCUUGGGCCUCGGUCGCCCGUCGCAGCUCUCGCCGUCUCCGUUUGGCGGACACAGACGCACGUCGAGCAAGUCGAGUCAUCUGCGCUCGGCUUCACGCAGUGGUCUGGGUUUUAGCUUCCCUCUCAGUGACGACGUCAAGGGCAGUGCGCCUGAUGACUCGAUGCCCAACUGA